AUCUGUGAGGCACCACAGAAACAUUGCCAACCAAACCCCUCCUUCCCCCAACCCCCGUCCAAAAAAAAAGGGAAAAAAAACUUUCGCUCCUCAUUUUUUUUACACCCCAAAUCGGAAGAUAUCGGUUGGAGUUCCAUCGCCGAUCGGAUCUUGGGAGCGAGAUUCACCUCAGUCACGUAUCUUUCACUCGCACAAUUCUACACAUAAGAUUUCAUAAACACCUAGAGACACGAGCAUACUUUCUCCGUCUCCGAUCUGCCAGACAGAAAGAUGCCGUCGUUGUACGGAGGACCUCUCACAACCUUCGAAGAUGCCGAGAAGGAGAGCGAGUACGGUUACGUCCGCAAGGUAUCAGGACCAGUGGUCGUAGCAGAUGGAAUGGCUGGGGCUGCUAUGUAUGAACUGGUUCGUGUUGGACAUGACAAUCUUAUUGGGGAAAUUAUCCGUUUGGAAGGAGAUUCUGCCACAAUACAAGUGUACGAGGAAACAGCUGGGUUGAUGGUGAAUGAUCCUGUCUUACGGACGCACAAGCCCCUAUCUGUUGAACUUGGACCUGGAAUAUUAGGCAACAUCUUUGAUGGUAUUCAGAGGCCUUUGAAGGCCAUUGCGCUAAAGUCUGGUGAUGUAUAUAUUCCUCGUGGCGUGUCUGUGCCAGCACUUGACAAAGACACACUUUGGGAUUUUGAACCUAAGAAAAUAGGUGAGGGGGAUCUUUUAACAAAUGGAGACUUGUAUGCUACUGUCUUCGAAAACACUUUGAUGCAACAUCAUGUUGCUCUUCCUCCUGAUGCUAUGGGAAAGAUAACCUAUAUUGCACCAGCUGGUCAAUACUCGUUGAAGGAUACUGUUCUUGAGCUUGAGUUUCAAGGAGUCAAAAAGCAAUAUACCAUGCUCCAGACUUGGCCUGUGCGAACACCUAGACCUGUUGCUGAAAAGCUUGCUGCUGAUACUCCUCUUCUUACAGGGCAGAGAGUUCUUGAUGCCCUGUUCCCCUCAGUGCUGGGUGGUACUUGUGCCAUUCCUGGUGCAUUUGGCUGUGGAAAAACAGUCAUUAGUCAGGCCCUUUCCAAGUACUCUAACUCCGACACUGUUGUUUAUGUUGGUUGUGGGGAAAGAGGAAAUGAAAUGGCAGAGGUGCUUAUGGAUUUCCCUCAAUUGACAAUGACGCUGCCGGAUGGUCGUGAGGAAUCUGUCAUGAAACGUACUACACUUGUGGCGAACACAUCAAAUAUGCCAGUGGCAGCUCGUGAGGCAUCAAUUUAUACAGGGAUCACUAUAGCUGAGUAUUUCAGAGAUAUGGGGUACAAUGUCAGUAUGAUGGCAGAUUCAACAUCCCGUUGGGCUGAAGCAUUGCGUGAGAUUUCUGGGCGUCUGGCAGAAAUGCCUGCGGAUAGUGGAUAUCCUGCUUAUCUAGCAGCUCGUUUGGCAUCCUUCUAUGAGCGUGCUGGAAAAGUUAAAUGCCUUGGUGGCCCAGAAAGAACUGGGAGUGUGACGAUUGUUGGUGCUGUUUCUCCUCCAGGAGGAGACUUCUCAGAUCCUGUCACAUCUGCUACCCUCAGCAUUGUCCAGGUUUUCUGGGGUCUCGACAAGAAAUUGGCCCAAAGAAAGCAUUUCCCUUCUGUCAAUUGGCUUAUAUCGUACUCGAAGUACUCAGGGGCACUGGAGUCCUUCUACGAGAAGUUCGAUUCGGAUUUUAUUGACAUCAGGACUAAAGCUCGUGAGGUGCUGCAAAGGGAGGAUGACUUGAAUGAAAUUGUGCAGCUUGUUGGAAAGGAUGCUUUGGCUGAAACAGAUAAAAUUACGUUGGAGACAGCAAAGCUUUUGAGGGAGGACUACCUUGCACAGAAUGCAUUUACUCCAUAUGAUAAGUUCUGUCCUUUCUACAAGUCUGUAUGGAUGAUGCGCAACAUAAUUCAUUUCUAUAGUCUGGCUAAUCAGGCGGUGGAACGAGCAGCAGGCAUGGAUGGCCAGAAGAUUACUUACACCCUUAUUAAGCAUCGGCUGGGUGAUCUAUUCUACCGUUUAGUGUCUCAGAAAUUUGAGGAUCCAGCUGAAGGAGAGGAAGCUCUGAUUGCAAAGUUUAAGAAACUCCGUGAUGAUUUAACUGCUGGUUUCCGGAACCUUGAGGACGAAAUGCGAUGAUCUGUACAUCAGCACAAAGUGUUUUAGCGAUCAACCAUGUUGCUAUGUUUUCAAUUCCGGGUCAGGUGUGCUAAGCCCUUCUUAAGCAAUGGAGGAGUGUUAUUAGAUAUAUUGUGUUCCUGGUCAGCCCUCUGUUUGGCCCAUACGCUAUUGGUUCGUCUAGCCUAUAUUGUAUUUCACUCGAUAUUUCUGUGCUUUUCAUUGGCUUCUAUUUUUGUUUUGAGGAUAUCGGUUUAGGUAUAAAUAUUGGCCAGUUGAUUUGUCAGUUACAAGUCAAAAUAAGCAGUCUGUAACCAUAUUUAUCUCUUACCAGUUCAAAUAAAAGCCAUGUAACAUAAAAAUGAUUGCGGACUCGAAGCUGGGUUGAAGUUCGUUUUCCACAA